GCUGGAUACUGUGGAAGCCGUCACUGGCCCUUACAAACCUAACAAGAAGAAGACGAGAAGAAUUUUGAAAUAUCUUGGAGAAGAAAUUAUCGAAGAAAUUUCUAAGCUGCAGCAGGAAUUUGGUAGAAGUAGCACACAACUGUAGACAAGUUCAACGAUGAGCGUCAAACAAAAAGUUGAUGUUAUUCUAGCUAAUUAUACUAGUGGCUCUUGGAAUACAUACCAGCUGACUGAUUAUGAACCUCCUGGACCUCUCACCUGUGAUAUGCUUCGACGGAAUAUGCAAGUGCUCAAUGAAACAUUCAAGGUUGAUGUGAGUUUCUUUCCAUCUCAUGAGCUGAUAUAUUGGGAACUGAGUCUUGAAGAGAAGGCAAAGUCCAUAAGAACAAGAAGUGGAGAAGGAUCAUCAGCUCAAGAGAGAAAAGCCCCAAAAGCUAUAAAAUAUAAGUUUGCAGUCUGUGACGAUGAGGGAUUGCUCUUUGCCAACAAAAGUAUUCCACUUAAACUACGAAAGACACUGCAAAUAAUUCUGCACUGCAAGGAUUUUAAUAUAAUGGAUCUAAGCGGCAGUGAUCCAAUUAAUCUUUUGAUGUUGUACAAGCAGUCAAGUAAACGAGCGCCUAAUCUAUUUAAAGUGCAGUUUGAAGAAACAAUGGCAAAUGCAGAAGAGGACAUUCAAGUGGGUACUUUCCUAAGAGAUGACGCUUUGAAUAAAAACACUACAGAUAGCAUAAUUCAACAAAAGCUUGGCUGUCACAAGGAACAAAUUCCACUCAUAAAGAGAGUUACUGCUACUGUGAAAAAUGUCCCUAUAAAAACACAGGCUCCAGCACUAAAACAUUUCCGAUUAUCUUCAUUGGAGUUGGAGGUUCAUGCUCCUUCAGUCUUCCAUAUAUACAAGGAGCUUGGAGAGCGAGGAGUGAUUAAAGAUAUUCCUCCAUGGCUAGGAAAGAUGAGAGCCAGUGGGAAAACACACUGUGUAGCCCAGUACAACUGAAAUUUUACCUUUGUUCCAUUGUUCAGUAACAAUGGCUGAAGCUUAUUACAUUCUCAGCAAAUCUG